CAUCUCAAUUGGAUUUCUAUUGUUUGGUUUAGUGCAGUCUAUUUUUUACCUCAUUUUUCCUCGGCGUACAAUGCCGAUCAACUUUAAUAUUGGCUUGCUGGGACAUGUUGACAGUGGCAAGACCACCUUGGCCAAGGCUUUAAGUUCGAUUUCCAGCACGGCCGCCUUCGACAAGAAUCCGCAAUCAGUGGAGCGAGGCAUAACUUUGGAUUUGGGCUUUAGUGGACUUUUGGUGGAUGCUCCUGCGCACUUACCUCAAGGAGAACAGCUCCAGUUCACCUUUGUCGACUGCCCCGGCCAUGCAAGUCUUAUACGCACUAUUAUAGGAGGUGCCCAGAUCAUUGAUCUCAUGCUCCUGGUGGUGGACGCCCAAAAAGGCAAACAAACCCAAACAGCAGAAUGCCUCAUUAUCGGGGAGCUGCUGCAGAAAAAGCUGAUUGUAGUGAUCAACAAAAUAGAUGUUUAUCCAGAAAAUCAGAGGGCGUCCAAGCUGGAGAAGCUACGCUUGCGGCUCGCAAAAACUUUGGAAGCCACCACAUUCGGUGGUCAAGUGCCCAUAUGUGCUGUGUCUGCUUUGCAAGGAACACAUAUCGCGGAGUUGCGAGAAGUACUUAGAGAAGCCUACUUUCAGCCGCAGAGAAACCUAGCCGAUCCACUCUUCAUGUACGUUGAUCAUUGCUUCGGAAUAAAGGGCCAGGGAACCGUUUGCACUGGCACUCUGCUCCAGGGAAAGGUUCAGGUAAACAAUGUGAUUGAGCUGCCAGCUCUUGGGGAGCAAAGGAAAGUGAAGUCCAUACAGAUGUUUCGCAAAAACGUGACCAGCGCCUCUAUGGGCGACAGAAUUGGGCUUUGCGUGACACAAUUCAAUGCAAAGCUGCUGGAGCGUGGAAUCAUUACCCAACCGGGUUACCUGAAACCCAUCUAUGCCGUGUGUCUACAGUUUAAACCCAUCCGCUAUUACAAGGAAGUCAUAAAAUCUAUGAGGAAGAUGCACAUCUCCGUGGGACACAACACAGUGAUGGCCAAUGUAACUUUGUUUCGGGAUACGGACGGCACAACUUCCACUUUCCAACUGGACAAAGAAUACGAGUAUAUGGAGGACGUCCAGCCUGCGGAGGUUCAACAUAAUGAUGUGAUCUACGCUCUGUUGCAAUUCGAAAGUCCUGUUCUAUCUCCGCCACAUUCAACGCUGAUUGCUUCGAAGCUGGACAUGGAUGUCCAUAGUACCAGUUGUAGAUUGGCGUUUUGGGGACGCAUUGCCUGGCAGACGCACAGUUCCAAAUACUUUCAGGAAGAACUGCCGAAACUGCGGAUUUUCAAGCGCAAACAGAAAGUGGGAAGCAUUCAGCGAGUGGUCAAUAGCAGCGAAGUGAUAGUUCAAAACCUUUUUAAGGACGCCAAACGUGAUUUGUACGUCGGCAAGAAUGUGGAGCUCUCGACGGGAGAGAAGGGUCGCAUUGAACGCACCUUUGGCCAGACAUCCAAAGUGGCUAUAACUUUUCAGGACGCCCUAUCUCCUGAAACAAUAAGCAAUGUGAAGAAUGUUAAGGUUUUGCUGAACUGUAAGAAAUAUGUGUUCAAUAAACAGGCAGGCUUGUUUCAAUGACAAAGUU